ACCCCCGCUCGGCCCCUCGGCGGCGGCGGCGGCCGGUGCGGUGAUGGAGCGGGAGCACUGCGCGCCAGCGGCGGCGGCGCUGUGGGGGCACAAGCACCUCCCCCUGCUGGCGCGCGCGGGGUCCAAGGAGUCGCUGGAGUACAUCCUGCAGGCGCUCUGGCGCACCCGCCGCACGGGCCUCGACGCCGCCGACCGCGCCGUGGCCCGCGACGCCCUCCACCUCGCCUCCGACGCCGAGCUCGACCCCCUGCUGGUGUGCCUGAGGAUACUGAUCAGGCGGUGCGUCAGCGAGGACGUCUCCAAGGACGACAUCCCCAAGCUCUUCCCCGACGAGGUGCCGCCCGAGCUGCAGAAGCUGCUCACGUUGCUGCUGCAGAAGUUCCAGCCAGAGUGGCAGGACGAUGCUUCAAAGUAUCAGGCAUCUGCCCCUCAUUCCGGCACUGUAGAAUGUCAGUUGAACCAGAAUGGAGACACAGCAGAGCAGCCAGAUGCUCCUGAUGCAGCGCUUCAAAAUGGCACCGCAUCUGUCAAGGAUUCUAUAAAACCAGGAGAGAAAGAAGUGAAGAAGUUUCCAUUGGCUAAGGAUUCUUUGGAUAAAAUGCUCAAGGACUUGUUCUCAACCAAGGACCAAAUGCCAGUUGCUGGCAGUAAAAAUGGUCAUGAAGAGGUAGCAGGAAGCACUUCUAAAGUGUGACGGGAUUUGGCAACAUCAUUAGUCUAGUGCUUUUUAGUAAUUUGGCAUACCAAUGCUUGGUUGUGUUAGUUCGCUCUAGAUCAUUGCGGCAACUGCAUUCCGUUUCUGCCAAGGGGCAAAUGUAACUCGAAAGGAUGUUCCUGAGUCCUGACUUCUUGUAAAUUGAUACAUGUUUUAGGUCCAUUGCUGUUAUCGGUGCCAUGGCAUACUGAAACUGAUUCUUCCAUUUACAUUGCUGGGAAGGGAAGGUAUGUCUUCACGUGUGUCCAGCUUAGAAUAUGUUCUUAGGUAUCUCUAACUCCUAUAUAUUAUGUGAUGUUUCAAUCAGCAGCAUUCUCUGGAU